CAGAAUGUCAACCUCAGCAAGUAGUAAAGGUGAAACUUCUGGAGGUAAUGCAUCCGAUGACAGCAAGAAACGCUCUAGUCCAAUGGACGAAGAAGGAGAAGAUGCAGACAAAAGAAAAGGCAACAAAAGAAAAAGGGCAAGGGUUGAAAGUAAAGAAGUAGAGGAAACAGCAAUUAAAAUCUCUGAUGAUGAAGAAGAAGCCGCCUCUGAUGCUGAUAAGAAGGAUAAAGCAGUUAAAGUAGAGGUUAAAGAUGAAGUUGACAGUGAUGAGGACCCUACUAGCAGUCUGAAAUGUGAUCCCACAGGUUUGGAAGGGGCUGCAUUUCAGAGUCGGAUGCCAUUUGACAAGAUGACAUCACAAGAGGCUGCAUGCUUUCCGGAUAUCUUACAGGGACCACCACAGACACAGAAAGUCUUCCUUUAUAUCAGAAAUAGACUGUUACAAAUCUGGCUAGACAAUCCAAAACAGCAAGUGACAUUUGAGAAUGCUCUGCCUCAAAUAGAAGAGCCUUUUAAUAGUGAUGGGCCUUUGGUGAUGAGGAUCCAUUCAUACCUUGAAAGAUUUGGUUUCAUCAACUUUGGAGUAUUUAAAAGAUUAAAACCUUUUCCAGCAAAGAAACAUGGCCGGGUGAUCAUUAUUGGUGCUGGAAUAGCUGGUCUCUUUGCCGCUAGACAACUUAUGCAGUUUGGCAUGGAUUGUGUCAUUGUGGAAGCUAGGGAUAGAGUUGGAGGACGGAUAGCUACAUUCAGGAAGGGAAAUUAUGUUGCUGAUCUUGGAGCAAUGGUUGUAACUGGACUAGGUGGUAAUCCAAUGACCAUCAUCAGUCGUCAGGUGAACAUGGAGCUUCAUAAGAUCAAACAGAAGUGUCCUCUAUUUGAGAACAAUGGUGCAACGGUACCGAAGGAGAAAGAUGAGAUGGUAGAGAGAGAAUUUAACAGAUUAUUAGAGGCCACCUCAUACCUUUCUCAUCAGAUGGACUUUAACUAUGUCAAUGGUAAACCUGCUUCACUAGGCUGUGCUCUAGAGGCUGUUAUAAAGCUACAGGAAAAACAUGUAAAAGAGAAGCAGAUUGAGCAUCAGAAAAAUAUCAUAGAACUUCAAGAAAAACUCAAGAAAAAUCUCAACCAGUGUUUGGUGUUAAAGGAUAGAAUAGAGGAGCUACACAAACAAUGGAAAGAGGCGUCAGAAGUUAAACCACCUAGAGAUAUUACCGCAGAAUUCCUCAUCAAGAGUAAAUUAAGAGAUCUCAAAGUAGCUGGCAAGGAGUAUGAUCAGUUGAUAGAACAACAAAAAGAGAUAGAAGAGAAAAUAGCUGAUCUUGAAGCCAACCCACCAAGUGAUGUUUACCUGUCAUCACGAGACAGACAGAUUCUAGAUUGGCAUUUUGCUAACCUGGAGUUUGCCAAUGCCACACCGUUAUCUCUUCUCUCAUUGAAACAUUGGGACCAAGAUGAUGAUUUUGAGUUUUCAGGCAGUCAUCUUACAGUACGGAAUGGUUACUCUUGUGUGCCAGUAGCAUUAUCCGAGGGAUUAGAUAUAAAGUUAAAUACAGCAGUCAGACAAAUCAGAUGUACUACUACAGGUGUUGAGAUACUCACUAGUAAUGCGAAGAACAACAGCAAUCAACAGACAUUAAAAGGUGAUGCAGUGUUGUGCACGUUACCUCUAGGCGUGAUGAAGGAGAGCGUACGUGGAAGCGGUACAAAUAGUGUACAGUUUAUGCCUCCAUUACCCGACUGGAAGGCAGCUGCAAUACAGAGAAUGGGUUUUGGCAAUCUUAAUAAAGUAGUGCUUUGUUUUGACCGGAUAUUCUGGGACCCAAAUGCCAACUUGUUUGGUCAUGUUGGUAGUACAACAGCAAGUCGUGGGGAGUUGUUUCUUUUCUGGAACUUGUACAAGGCACCAGUACUACUGGCUUUAGUUGCCGGUGAGGCCGCAGCUAUUAUGGAGAAUGUUAGUGAUGAUGUAAUAGUGGGUAGAUCUAUUGCAGUAUUAAAAGGCAUCUUUGGCAACAAUGCUGUUCCUCAGCCAAAGGAAACCCUGGUUACAAGAUGGAGAGCUGAUCCAUUUGCCCGAGGAUCUUAUUCGUUUGUUGCGGCAGGCUCGUCAGGGAAUGACUAUGACCUGAUGGCGACACCCAUAUCCCCACAGCAAGGUGCCAUGCCCAGGUUGUUCUUCGCCGGGGAGCAUACAAUACGUAACUACCCCGCAACAGUACACGGUGCCAUGUUGAGUGGAUUGAGAGAAUCUGGGAGAAUUGCCGACCAGUUCCUCGGGGCUCCGUACGCACUUCCAAAUAGACAACCAUCACAAACAGUCUGAUCAUGAACAAUAACAAUUUGUGAAUAAUUGAUAUUGUGCUCAAAAUUGUGCUCCGAUUGGUUCAUUUGGACCAAGUCACGUGGUUACUGUACAUACCUAAACAAUAAAGAUAUUGCGGAGGCAGUUUACAUGUAUAAGCAUCCAGUUCGGAGUUUUGUAUGUUGUUACCAGCUCUUUUUGUUUAAGUUUGUACAGGACAUAAGUAUGCCUACCAUAUUUGUUGUGUUAUUGGAGACGAAGCACACUAUGUGUUUUGGUAGGAUUCUCUUUGCAGUUCUGGUUGCUUCUGUUUAAAUAACAAGAUCUGAAAAGUGAUGACUUAUGUUACAUGAAGCUCUGUUCAGCAAACACUGCACUGCCCAAUACCUUGAUAGUGUUCAUUUUUUGAGACAAUGCCAUAUUUUUUUUUAUUUUUUUGUUAUGAAUUCAAACAUUCAUGUCAGAACACAGCACGACUUCUUGAUUUUUGUGCUUUUUUAGCUCGACUUUUCUAUGAAAAGGGGAGCUAUCCUACUCGCCCCGGCGUCGGCGUUGGCGUCACACCUUGGUUAAGUUUUUCGUACCACCCCACUUUAUUUCAGAAGUAUUACAAGUAUGGCUUUGAAACUUACCAUACUUGUUCACCAUCAUAACCUCCAUCUACAGACAAGAGUACAUAACUCUGUCAAGGUUUUUGACAGAAUUAUGGCCCUUUUUUGACUUAGAAAGUGUAUUGAGCUUGGUUAAGUUUUUUGUACCACCUCACUUUAUUUCAAAACCAUUGGAGGUAUUGCUUUGAAACUGACCAUACUUGUUUACCAUCACGACCUUCAUCAACAGACAAGAGGACAUAACUCUGUCAAGGUUUUUGACAGAAUUAUGCCCCUUUUUGACUUAGAAAAUACAUUGAAUAUGGGUAAAAUCCACUUAUUGCCUUAACCCUUUGAGAUAUUGCUUUGAAACUUUUAAUGCUAUUUCACAUCAUUACCCCCAUCUGUACGCAAGAGAAGGUAACUCUGUCAAGGAUUUGUUUUAAAAAUUAAGGCCUUUUAUCGACUUAGAAUCUUGGUUAAGUUUUUAGUACCAGUCCACUUUUUGACUGAACUGUUUGAGAUAUUAAUUUGAAAGUUGGAAUACUUGUUUACAAUCAUGAUUCCUAAACAUGUCCAGGAGAAGGUAAUUCUGUCAAAGAUUUUAUUUGAAUUAUGGCCCUUAACUGUCAAUGUUUUGUAUUAUAGGCAAGCACUAAAAAACUUAAAAAAUCUAAAAAAAUUCAUUCCUAUCCACUUGUUCACUUUACCAUAAAUUAUGUCAUAAUAAAAUAAUUCUUCACUAAAUAUCUUAAUGCUCAUGGCCAUUGUUCACUUUAAAAAUACAGAGAUUCUUGUAUUGCCUUUUACUGCAAAAACUUUUUUUAUUGGCAAGCAAUAAAAAAGUCGAGCGCACUGUCUUACGGACAGCUCUUGUUUCAUUUUUCAUAUGCUUAAGUUUUACAUUAUACAUAAACAUCCUGCUUUUGGUCAACAGAAAUACCUUACUAUCAUAGGACUUGUAAUUAUCAUUUUUCUUUUAAACUGUCAUGUUUCUGUACCAAGUGCAAAUUCCAUCAAAAUCUGUUACUGUUAGAUAUUUGUCAUGUUAAAGGUAUUCCUUAUCGAUUAAAUUUUGUCCUUUGAAAGAAAGGAAAUCCUGUA